AGUCUGGGAGCGGAAGAAUCAGUGCAACUGUCGUGUUGUCAGGGGGAACUCUUUCACUCCACUCUCUGAAGGCCAGCAUUGGGCACCAUGCUUUUGGAGGUGGCAGCAGCUGUGGCCCUGGGAGUAGUGGUCUGUCUGCUGGUGUUCAGAAAGAAGAAGGUGGAGGAGACACUGGAGGCUGAGGAUGGCUGGUGGGGAGCAGGCCAGCGGCCUGAGUCUGCGGAGGACGAGACCAUUCGUCCUUUCAGAGUGCAGACGUCCACUGAGGAGAUUCAGGAUUUAUACAGACGCAUUGAUCAGACACGACCUGUUCCCUCUCUGGAGGAAAGCCGGUUCCAUUAUGGAUUUAACUCCACAUACUUGCAAAAAGUGGUGUCCUACUGGAGGAACGAGUUUGACUGGGAAAAGCAAGUCGCAAAACUAAAUAAAUAUCCACAUUUUAAAACCAAAAUUGACGGGCUUGACAUUCACUUUAUCCAUGUGCGUCCUCCUCACCUCCCUGAGGGAAAAACUGCCAUUCCUCUGCUCAUGGUACAUGGCUGGCCUAGCUCCUUCUUUGAAUUCUACGGAAUCCUGCCUCUCCUGACCGAGCCCGCCAACCCUGAUGACAUUGUAUUCCAAGUCAUCUGUCCCUCCAUUCCAGGUUAUGGUUUCUCUGAGGCACCUCAUAAACAAGGCUUUGACUCAGUGUGUGCUGCUCACAUAUUCUACAAGCUCAUGAAGAGACUUGGCUUCAACGAGUUCUAUGCUCAAGGAGGUGACUGGGGAUGUCUCAUCUGUACGAAUAUAGCCCAGCUGCAGCCCAGUCGUGUUAAAGGCCUGCACCUCAGCUUUUUGUCGGUGGCCAAUCCUGGCUUGAUUGCGGGGCUGUCUCUACUUUUUGGGCAGCGUUUUCCCGGGCUAUUUGAGCUCAAGGAUCACGACGUCAAGCGUCUCUUUCCCUUCAUGAAGAAGGUGGUCGUGGAAUUGCUGAAGGAGUCGGGGUACCUGCACAUUCAGGCCACCAAGCCUGACACUGCAGGUCGUGCACUGAAUGACUCUCCUGUUGGCCUGGCUGUGUACAUCUUGGAGAAGUUUUCCACAUGGACUGAUCCAGAGUUCAGGAACCUGGAAGAUGGAGGAUUGGAGAGGAAAUAUUCCAUAGAUGACCUCCUGACUAACGUGAUGAUUUACUGGGUGACGGGUUCUAUUAUUUCCUCAAUGCGCCUCUACAAGGAAAUCUUAGGGAGAGGAGUCGGCACUCAAAAACAUGACAAAGUACCUGUGCGAGUUCCCACUGCCGUUGCCUGCUUUCCCAAUGAGCUGGUGCACUUGCCGAAAAUCUGGGCAAAGCAGAAGUACCCGAACGUGGUGUCUUUCAACUAUUUGCCCCGUGGGGGACACUUUGGGGCUUUCGAGGAGCCAGAGCUGCUGGCGGCAGACAUCCAGAGCUUUGUUAAAAAAGUGAGCAAGUAAGCUACAGGCCCAUGCUCCUUCACUGAGCACUUAGGCACUUAGCUACCUUUUUUUUAAAAUGCCAGAUCAGAAGCGAUAGUGAUUGGCAUUAUAAGAUCAGCCUCUUUAAGAUGAAUUCAUUAUCUUUCAGCUUGUUGUUCUGACUGACGCAGCAGAAUUUUGCCUUUGAGCAUCAAUGCCUUUUUUACAGUUAGUUGUACAGAGGUGGCAUGCGUUGAGCUUGUUAAAAUAAUUCUCUAAGUGAGUCAAGGGAAAUGGAAGGAUUUCCUAUUCUUCCUGACUGAAUAGGAUGCGCAAGGUUUCAGUCCACGUUUUAAGAGGUAGAUGUUUUCAGUGAACUGUUAAGACCAGGAAAUGAACAGAGCAACACUCAGAAGACAAAAAUAAUGUAAUGUUAUGAAAGCUUAGUUGAAAAGCAUAAAAAACAGUCACAACACGCAAAUAAUUAAGUAUACAUUAAUUACCAAGAUGCUUAAUUUAGGUGAUUACUUAAUACUGAUAAUUACCAGGAAUCGUGAAUCAAAUGGCUUUAAAUUACAUUCAUCAGCUAUUGUGUGGUGAAAAGCAAAAACGAGUAUCUCACAUUAAUGAUGCAUUAAUGUCUUACACAUUAUAGAAAUAAGGAUACCUGAAUAUUAACUUCUGAGUGUGUAAAUGGGAAAGAAUUAAGGCAUGAAGGGAUGGAGUUACAAAUACACAGUAACAAUAACACUUUAGAGUUAGAAUUCAAAAAUGAGAUUAUUUUAUGAAUAUCUGAACAAGAGUUGUCUUACUUUUCUGUUCUGAGAAUUAGUUAAAAAACUUACCACAACUCUUGCAUUGUUAGUGAAACACUCUUAUUUGUAUUCAUAAGAUGUGCAUUGCAAACCAUUAAUCAAUAACAGUAUGAUAGUUAAUCACCAGUGUUAGUAUGUCACCAAGUGCACAGCAGUUUAUUAUCAAGUUUGUAACCAGCAACAUGUUUGUAAUAUGUAUUAGAAUUAAAAUGUUGUUGAUACUGUAUGUAUUAUGCAGUGUUAUGACUGCAGUUUAGAGUUCAUUAUGGCAUUGUCUUUGCUCACAUUUUCUUGAACAUGGUAAAAACAGUUGAUUAUUUGGUUUGGUCUAAGAAGAAUGUAAACUUCAUUCCAAAUUAUAUUUGAUUAUAUUUAGCUUUUACAAUUACACAGGUAUUGCAGUAUUAUUGGACCAAUUAGAAAAUCAUAGAGGUUUAUUUCCAAUGUUUAUAAAUGUCACAAGCCAUUAGUGGAUGCAAUUGGAGAGUAUGGUCUUGACUGCUGAACUUUUGAAGACUAUAAGCAUAAACGGUAAAAAGCAUUUGUUAUCCAGAUUGUGGUCAAAGAUAAUCAGAUUGAAUGUGUUAUGAUCUCCUACAGUACUAGUGGGGGACAGUAGAGAAUAAUCACUACGUUCUUUUCAAAGUGUUAACCAAUAACAGUGAUGUCUGUUUGGCCUUGAAGUACCAUAGUUCUAAGUUUUUUAGGUCUCUUCUCCAAAUCCUCAAUGAUGUCUGAAGAACUAGAAUUGACUUUGAUUGUUACACAUUGUGCUUUUUUUUGCCUUGUGUUUCUUUUCUGGAUCUUGAUUGGUGUUCUACACUACACUUCCAAAUAAAAAAAACACUUUGUAAUUCACAAAAA